AUCACUACAUGCACCUCAUGUGGCUUUGCCCUCUUCACACUAUAGUCUUGGUGUACUGAAUUGUAUUCAAGUGUUAUGUGGUGUUACCACUGCAUCAUUUGUUAAACCUCACCAUGCCCAAACUGAGCUCUUUGGGCAAGCUGUGUGGCUCCAGCCACAGCGACGACAUCAUUAUUCAGGACCAGGUCAAGCGCAAGAACUCUGUGCGCCGCAUGUCUAUCAUUGAGGACGGGAACGUAGCUGAGGUACUCUACCUAAUUCCCAAACAGUCAAUGAUGGAGCAACUGCCUUUCCUUGACCCAAGCAAGUAUGUGAUCCUGGAGAAGAUGGCACCACCUCACAAAGUAGCUGUGGCCCAUCCUCAGGAAGCCCAUCGGCCCCCAGAGAAACUGGUCAUCCAGUGUUACAAGUGCAGGGAGCCAUGUAAGGGGGAAGUGCUGCGCGUACAAAGCAAGCACUUCCACAUCAAGUGCUUUACCUGCAAAGUGUGUGGUUGUGACCUGGCCCAGGGUGGUUUCUUCAUGAAGAAUGGCGAGUAUCUGUGCACGCUGGACUACCAAAGGCUGCAUGGAACACGCUGCCAUGGCUGUGGGAACUUUGUUGAAGGAGAGGUGGUGACGGCCCUCGGAAAAACCUACCACCCUACUUGCUUCGUCUGCACCAUCUGCAAACGGCCAUUUCCUGCUGGAGACCGCGUCACCUUCAAUGGAAAGGACUGUCUGUGCCAACACUGCAUCCAGCCAAUGUCUCCUCCUCCCAAAGACAUCAGUGCAUCCAGCAACUGUGCAGGCUGUGGCAGAGACAUUAAAAAUGGACAGGCUCUGCUAGCUUUGGACAGACAGUGGCAUCUCGGCUGCUUCAAGUGCAAGGCCUGCGGCAAAGUGCUGAGCGGCGAGUACAUCAGCAAGGAUGGUGCUCCAUACUGUGAGAGAGACUACCAGAUUCACUUUGGUGUGCAGUGUGAAGCCUGUCAUCAAUAUAUAACCGGGCGGGUUCUGGAGGCAGGCGAUAAACACUACCACCCCAGCUGUGCACGAUGCAGCCGGUGCAACCAGAUGUUCACAGAGGGGGAGGAGAUGUACCUGCAAGGCUCUACAGUGUGGCAUCCGGAUUGUAAAAGCAACAUCAAAAUAGAAGAGAAGUACAGGGAAGCACGACAGCGACCUGGCAGAAAGCCCCGUCCUUUUGAUAUCUUUUUGCCCCUGUCUAAGUGUGAGUCUCAGUGUAAGGCGAAGGGCCGGGGUGGCUCUGCUCGAGGCGUGCGUCCCCUGCGCAGGACGGAGCCCACAAGGUCUUCGUCGGAGAGUAUCUGUUCUCGGCCGGGUUCCAGCAUCCCUGGCUCUCCUGGCCACACGAUCUAUGCAAAAGUAGACAAUGAGAUCAUUGAUUACAAGGACCUAGCAGCCAUCCCCCGAGUCAAGGCCAUUUAUGAAAUAGAACGUCCAGACAUGAUAUCCUACGAGUCCCUGCAUUCCACCUCCUCUACCCUGGAGAGACAGGGCAGACACAGCCCUGGAGAGUGCCGGAGUACUGCAGGUGACCAAUCCCCCAUCAGAGGCCAUAUUAAAACCACACCACAAGACCCUUCCCCCAUAUCAGCUGAGACUUCACCAAGAACCCUGUCUCCAACCCCAUCUGCUGAGGGCUGUUAUGACAUUCGAGAACGCAUCAUGCAACGAUCCACCAGCCAGGGCUCUAUCGGCUCCCCGAUGUACAGCCGACACAACUACAUCCCCACAUUGUCUAAGACACCACAGCACUUCCACAGACCAGGAAUGCUGAAGCUCUGCUCCUCUUUGCGCUCUAGCAACAGUGACAACCGUCCCACUUCCCCUUUCCGACACCACUUCCUCCCCCAUAACAAAGAUUCUUUCUGCAUAGGCACUGAGCCAUCGAGUGGCCGGAGUUCUCCCUUGUCCUCUCGCUCAACCACCCCAACCCUCUGUCUGACCCCUAAACAUUUCCACAUCCCAGACCAAGGGAUGAACAUGUACAGAAAGCCACCAAUCUACAAACAACAUGAUUCAGCUGCCCUUGCAGCCCAAAGCAAGUUUGCUGGCGAUAUCAUCAAAUCUUCCAAGUUCCCUGCUGCUCAGGCUCCCCUGCCGGAUGAAACAGCAAAGAUUGAGACUGACUACUGGCCCUGCCCUCCCUCCCUUGCAGCCGUAGGUUCAGGUUCUGAUAUGAGGAGUCACUCACGAGAUGAAGAAGAGGAGGAGCAAUUAAAACGAAGACAGCUCCAAGAAAACCAUCUUAGUAAGAUCCAGUCUGGUCUUGGGAAGCUCAUUUUGAAAGAGGAAAUGGAGAAGGAAAUGAACAGAGAAAGAUACACUCGCAGUGUGGCAGCCCAGCGGUAUGAGUCUCAACACUGCAACUUCACCGCAGAUCCCAACUCUCCCACAUCUAAAACCUCUUCACUGCCAGGAUAUGGACGCAAUGGCCUUCAUCGGGUAAGGGAGCAGGCCAAAUCAACAGAAUUCUCACAGUAUAACAGUUACGGGGAUGUGUGUGGAGGUCAGAGAGAUUUCAAGCUCGUCCAAGAUGGCCAGGUUCCCCCUACCAGAAUGGACAGGGGAAUAUCAAUGCCUAACAUGUUGGAACAUAAAGUGUAUCCCUAUGAAAUGCUCACUGUCACCAACAGAGGGCGUACUAAGCUUCCAAAGGACGUGGACAGGACGAGACUGGAGCGUCACCUGGCCCCUGAAGUAUUCUUUGAUGUCUUUGGAAUGGAGAUCCAAGAGUUUGACAAACUUCCUCUGUGGAAGCGCAAUGAUAUGAAGAAGAAGGCCAAGCUCUUCUAACCAGGACAUCUUGCAUGUUUUAAUUUAUCAGUCACUUCAAUAAUGUAUUAUAUAUAUAUGUAGUUUUCUGAUUCGCUUUUUCUUUAUUCCCUUGUUAUUUUCCUUUUUUGUUGCUUCCAACGGCCUGGUAAACAUGGACAUAAAUUAUCUACUUUUUUGGUUGAAAACAAAGACUAUGUCUUUUUUUUUUUUUUUUUUUUUUGCAAGUAAGAGUUUUCAUUUGAGUAGGUUCUAAAUAAAGUGAGAUCUAACCUUUUAGAAGAAACCAGCAGAGUCAGGACUGGUUUUAUCUCUCACAUUUAACUCGCACCAAACCUGACUUCCAAGCAUAGCUUUUCACCCUUGCACUCCUUCCUGCCUUCUCAUAAAACAGGACUGUAAUCUAUUUUUUUGGGAAAGUGGUAGGGGGCUAAAGGCGGUCUGCAGUGUUCUUCCUCUAAAGAGGUUAUUAAGGUGAUGGAAGUGGUGGAGCUCCAGCAACCCCCUGCUGCUGUGGCCCUAACAAGAGCCUUGAUGUUUUUUAAUGGGGGGAAGUAAAAGCUACUGUAUGAUGCCUGGGCUUCACCUGAGGUGGGCUUCUGGAACAUAUUAGAAUCUGAGGUGACAGAAAGACACAUGCUGUAAGAUACCUACCUGCCAUCUUCUCUCAAGCAUCAAGCUAAUACAAAAAUGACAUAGCAUGUAUUUUUCUAAAGAUCCAAAUACUUUUUUUUAGUAGAUUCAUUUUAAAACCCAUUACUUAUGUUUUUUUAUCUGAAAUAUUGUGUUUGACAGAUGAGGUACUAGUGAAAUGAUCAGAAAUGAAAUUCUGCUUUCUCUUAAAAAGAGUUAUGAGUUUCAGCACCACUAGAGGUCCUGCGUGUGUCAAACCGGGCAGUUCAGGCAUCUCCCCCACCUUCAAAUCCAUCUUACUUUUCAGACCCCUCUGUCAUUGGAAUCUGACAAUCCUCUUCUUCUAACCACUAUGUAAAGUGUAAUAUAUGUUAUAGCAACAUAUCACUUUGACUAAAGUUGCAUUUGAAAAGAAACACCUUUGAUAUUAAUGCAUUUUAUAAAGCUAAAGUAUUUCAAACUGCCACUGUGUUGCUGGGAGACUGAUGGAGUCGUAGCCAUAGCAUCUGUGUCAUAAAUACGUUUGAUAGCAGGGCCAUAUCUGUCAUUCCGUAUAAAGCUGCCAGACAGUGUUGUUCCCAUAUCACUGAAUGUGCUCUCAGUAGUGUUGUUGGCUGUUGGUGGCUGUAAAUUCAGAGCAGUUUCCUGUGUUAUCACCAGGGUUAAGUACAUAGGACUAAGAUAUAGAAAGAAAAAAAGUGUUUAUGUAACAUAGCAAAAAAAAUGUGAAGAGAAUAUGGAUGAAAUUCCGGUUUUGAUAUCCAUCAUGACAAUUAUCUAAAAACUCAAAUGAGUAAUAAAACUCUGUUUCAGA